AAAAUGAUGAAAAUUCCGAUGAAGAGGAGGAGCUGGAUAAGCAGAUGGGAAAUCUUGAUAAUGCUGAAGCUGAUGAUAAAUUGGAUGAGAGGCUCUGGGGGGAUGAAGAUGAAGAUAAUGAUGAAGAUGCCAGCAGUAAAACAGAAGAAACUGGACCAGGAAUGGAUGAGGAGGAUUCGGAGCUUGUUGCAAAAGAUGACAAUUUGGGCACAGGAAACAAGGAUAAUAAAAAACAGCCUCCCAAGGAUGAGGAAGACGAGCAACAAGAAGAGGACAGUGGAAACAAAGAGAAAAUCCAUGAACAAAUUGAUGAG